UGCUACUUUACAGGGGGCCAGAAGACUAGGAGGGCCUGGGACCCCCCAUUCCAACUUAAUUAUGGUACAGUAGGGGAAGAAGGCACGUGAUGUAUUGGUAGCCCGGGUUAGAUGUUUGGAAGGAUUAUCGUGAUCCUCGAGGGAGGGAAGGGGGGUUCGAUUACCUCAUGGAAUUGCUGUGUUGGGUAAGGUAGGCAGUGUGGUGAGUAUGAAGAGGGGAGUUUUCGGUAUGCAUGUUUGUUGCCUGUACGAAGUAACCUUAGGCACUGCCCACUUUAUCGGGUGUUCGAUGGUCUUGUUUCUUCGGAACCCCCGAGGAGGAAAUGUGGGGACUUUAACGGAGGUGAUGGUGGUGCUGGUCUACAUCGUAUACCUAAGUGGAUUGAUUGCUUUUCAGAAUGAUGCCGAUGUUGACGAUGUGUUGGGGAUCGGCAUUACUACCUAGUAGAAGUUAAGGCAUUGGUCACCCGUCCAUCUCUGUAUGAGAGGACUGGAAUAAGGCAGCUAUACCGUAUCCGAAUUUGAAUCUUGAGCUGUCCUAUUUGGGCAUGGAAUAUUCUCUAGAUGAGUGCUCUCGGAGAAGGGAAUCGCUAGUUAUCUAG